GCCCACCGAAGGGAGGUGACAGCUCUCGUAAGGUGGAGGUAAAUCGUGCCUCGCGUAGGCCCUAUCCUGUGGUAGGGGUUCACAAGAGGUAUGGCUGGCGCACUCGGCCGAAGCGGCUUGCGGAAGCUCCAUGUAUGUUCGCAACGAGGAUUUAGACCAACUCCUGCGUGCCGAUGCGCUCAACACUGCAUGUUGAAGUGCGUGUUCUGCGGCCAAGAGUUCCAGGAAAACCAGUACGUGGCGGCACGCCAUUUUAGGCCAGGGAAAGGGUGUCCGUCAGUGACCGACGAGGCGCUGGUGGACAUACACUACAACUUGGACUACAAGCUGGAGGGCAAGAUCCUUUACCGGGUGCUUCGGUUCGAGGAGCUUCACAGUCCCGCACCUGCGAUGGAUUCACGCAUGGACGAGGGAGGGGCGGGAGGGGCGGGACAAGAGAGGGGUGAAGAGGAGGUGGUCGACGUGGACAACGUUGAGAACGAGGGUGCGGAGGCAGCGCAGCCUGGCCCAUUGACGAGGGACCAAAGGAAGAGCGUCGUUCACGAGCCGUGGGGCCAACAAGGCCGUUUCUUUAAGUAUGCGCACGUGUCGGCUCGCACUCAGGCGCAUUGGGACGCGGAAGACGCGGCGGCUGCUGUGGGGAAGAGAAAGGAGAGAGAGGAGGGGGUGAGGCCGGGUGGGCAGAAGCGGCCGAGACAAAACACCAUCACGGAGUCGUAUUCUUCGCAAUUGAAGGUUUUGUGGUCGUCGCACAACGAGAUCACCGACAUGGAGACGGUUGUCCGCACUGCGGAUGAUGUGGUGGGUGAUCUCGCAGAGGUCAAAGCUCCUUUCUAUGUGACGGAGGCGACCAUCAUGUCGGAUGGCAGGAAGUCACAGGAUGCCAGACCAAUCGUUAACUUCCUUGCCGGCGAGUCACGCGGAGUGAUGAUGGUGAGGACAAUGAACAGGGAGGGCGAGCGAGAUCAGGCGCCUGAUGUUUUGGUGCACUGGAUCAAGGUGUUCGAUGACUUCCCUCCUCGGUGGGUGAAUGACAUCUGCACGGACUCUGCCUCUGCGUACAUCGCCGCGACAAACAUGCUCCAGGGGCCCCAGCAGAGGCCAGAGAUUCGACAGAUCACAUGGCUGUCGUGCGCAGUGCAUGUCUGCAACAAAAUGUUGUUAGACAUUGGCUUGUCGAGCCCGUGGUCAAAGGACAUCAUUGUGUGCGAGAGAGCAGUGGUGCGCUUCAUCAAGGAGCACGGCGCCACUUUGCAUAUCUUCAGGGGGGAGAGCACGCACAUGGGACUUAUUUAUCCCUGCGAAACACGAUUCGCUUCCGUGUUCGCUAUGAUGGAGCGUUUGCUGGCAGUGAGGUCAGCGUUGGAGAGGACGGUGGAUGGCGACGGUUGGGGUUUGGACAGUUCCGUAGCUCAGCUGGCUCGGUGGGUUAGGUGGCAGGUGCGGCAUGGUUCUUGGUGGGAUUCCAUGGGAGUCCUUGUCCACAUUAUGGAGCCCGUGUAUGACAUGCUUCGCAAGUUGGACCGGGGAGGGCUGCACAUGUCGCGGGUUGUGCAGUGGACGCAGUACGUGACCCGCGAUGUAGCACGCGAGGUCCUCGCACUUCCACCACGUGUUGCGCACUUCAUUAUGCAGAAAGUGCAGGCUCGGUGCGCUCACAUGUUGGAGCCAGCGCACGCCGCUGCUCAUCUUCUGUGUCCCAGUCGCCGAGACUUGAGAGGGUUUAGUCAGUUUACUGAUUUGCGACUGCCCCCCGGAGAGAGUGAUUCUUGGGGGGACUUUAGUGUCGACAUGCAGGUCAUGUUAGACCAGAUCAGCGCCAUGCAGCCAAAGACUUUCACCCCUGCCAUGCGCAGAGAGUUAGGAGUGUCGCCAGUGGAAGCAAAGAUGGAGGUAGUUGGACGCGAGGCAACUUUGGCAGGGACUCAGGGGGAGGCAGCUGCAGGCGAGUCGACUUCACCAGGGAUGCUGGGGGAGGCAGCUGGACGUGAGGCAGGUGGAGGCAAGAUGGGUGGAGGCGAGGCAGCUGCGAUGCCGAGGGAGGUGCAAGGGUUGCACGAGACCGGGGUCCCCGCACGAGACGACCCUCGUCUGCUGCCCGACCUGCCUCUUCACGACGGCCAGAGGACCGAGGAUGCUUUGGCUGAGACCGAGGACAUGCCUACGGGUCUGGAGGACAUAUAGGCGGGUCAAUCAAUGGGCGCGGAUGAU